AUGAAAAAGGGGACCAUCGGACCUGCCUCUAAUUUUAAUGCUGAAAAAAUUGCAACGAAGUUAAGAAAAGCCAUGAGAGGUAUUGGCACGGAUGAGAAAGUGAUCAUCGAUGUCUUUACAGGGCAUAACAAUUCUCAAAGGCAAAUUAUAAAGAAAAAAUAUAAGACAAUCUAUGGAAGGGUACUGGCUGAUGAUAUAAAAGCUGAACUUGGAGGUCACUUUGAGGAUGUCUGCUUAGCUCUUCUAACACCUUUAGCGGAAUAUUUAGUUGAUUGUCUCUACUACGCAUUAAAGGGGUACAAACCAGAUGAUAAGUGCAUAAUAGAAAUUCUUGUGUCUUUAGAAUAUUUGGCUGGAUUAUCAAAAAGUUGGGGAACAGACGAAGAUCUUUUUAUAACGGUUUUAGCGACAAGAAGUAAAAUGCAGCUUCAGGCAACAAUUGCUGCGUAUGAAAGAGUAUCAGGACAUUUGUUGGAAGAAACGAUCAAGUCUGAAUUUGGUGGGAACAUUAGACACGCUCUUUUAGCUAUAGUGGAAUGUAUAGAUAAUCGGCCAGCAUUUUUUGCCAAACAGCUACAUCAAGCUUUGAACGGUCCAGGAACAGAUGAUAAAACAAUAAUAAGGAUUCUUGUUUCAAGAUCUGAAGUAGAUCUAGCCGAUAUUUAUGAAUGGUAUCAUAUGAAGUACGAUGUGGAUUUGAGUGAAGCAAUUUAUGCCGAUACCAGCGGAGACUACAGGAAAAUUCUUAUGAAAAUUUUGAAUCCAUAA